GCGCCGGAUGUGGGCCGGCGGCUCGCUGGCGUUCUCGCGCGCCCCCGGCAAUCGCCUCAGCUACUUCGACGAGGCGCGGCUGCAAGAGCGCGUCGAGAGCGUGCAGGUCAGGGGCGAGAAGUUGUUUGUUUGGUUCGAGCGGAGGAUGUUCCGUGCGCCUGUUGGGGCGGGAGAACCCGCGCUCACGGAGAGGAGGUGUUUGGUCUUUUUGCCGCCUGUGGGGGAGGGGCCGCCCGCACAGCAGCAGCAGAGGAUGCUGGAAGUGAAAGGGGAUGUGAAGAGGGACUUUGUCGAGACGUUCACACCGACCCAGCACCUCCUGUUCCGCUUCUCGGCGCUGACGCAUAAUGUCCACCGCAUACACUACGACGAGGGGUUUUCGCGGACGGAGGAGGGGUAUAGGGGGAACCUGUGUCAUGGGCCGCUCGCGGUGGUGUUCCUCCUCGGCCUCCUGAAGCGCGAGAUGCCAAGGGGGAAGCGCAUAGUCGCGUUUGAGUAUAAGUGUCUCGCGCCCAUGUUUGUUGGCGAGCCGUAUAGGAUUGCCGGAAGGUGGAAGGGGGAAGAGGGGGAUGCCACAAGGAAGUGUGAGCUGUGGGUUGAGACCCCGCAGGGUGGAUAUGCGGUUAGGGGCACGGCGGAGGUCGAGAAUGAUGUGGAGUAGAUAUUUGGGAGGGAGGGAGGCAUGUUCUGAUCACGGUGAUGCGUGGAUGUAGGCUAUAUUGUCCACACGGUACUUUUAUCGAGAAGACUCACGCCUCGAGUGAUACCCAAUGCACAGCUUCACUUGCUGGCAGAAUACCCAGCACUAGGUACUGGAUAGUCAUCCCGAAGCACCAUACUUGCCUAGAACCACAACUACUGGACAAUUAAAUAAACAAACGGCUGUGAUCAAGGAGAGGAGGAAGAGGAGGAAGAGGCGGGAUGUUUGCCUGUGAUCUCGGUCGACGGCCAGGAUAGGGGAACGAGGUUCCGGC